GACAACACCAUCUAUACCAAGAUGAAUGACUAAACUUCCUGCUCCGUACAAACUGAGUUUGAAUCUGGGUAAUAGUUUUCAACAAUUAAGAUGCUGCCAGGAAGUUGUUUUUGAUUUCAAAUAUCUAAAGUAAUGAACAUUGACAUCCUGCUUUUCAAGUUCUGAAAUAUCACUAAUUACAACUGCGAAGGUUGUGACAAAGAAGAAAUGGUGAAAUUAUGGCAACAACACAUAAUCAACUUUAUUUUCAUCUCAUUGGACGAGCUAAUAUCAUCAAUUUUAUACACCCAUGGCUAUGUUACAAAUCAGUUCCAGUCUGACAUAAAGGAAUUUGAUAUUUCAAGUUCUUUUAUUGACCUGUGGGCACUAUGUUUCUUUAGGUUUUGUCUGAUUUUCGGGACCUCAAUUGGAAUUUCAAUGAACAGAAUUGAUGGGCCAAAGAGACUAAAAUCUGCAGAAAAAUGCCUAAGUUUGGUCUGCCUAAUGAUGCCUUCAUACGCAAUAAUAAAAAUGUUGCUUUACUCUGAAACUGAGAUCUUCCCAGAUGAUCCGUGGUUUUGGGGCCUCUUUGUAUGGACUUUCAUAUCCUCAUUAGUCACCUACCAAAGAGUAUGUCAACUUUCAGGUGUAAAAACAUCAGAUUUAGAACUUGGGCAUUUUGAAGACCUGGAGAGUUUAAUGAACACUGCUUGCAAUCAAGACACAGGGAACACCAAGCAAAGUUCAAAUAUGCUGAAUAGUGCAUGGAAGCUAACAAUAUACUCAAAAAGAAAUGCAAAUUUAUUGGUUGGUGGAAUUGUCCUUAUUUUGAUAAGUACUACAGGAGAGGUCAUUGUUCCUUUUUUACUGGGCAAAGUAUUGGAUUCUCUAUCUCAGGACUCCACGCUUGUCAAUGUAUAUAUAAUCAUAAUGGCAUUAUUAUCUCUUCUAGGGGCAAUUGCAAUGGGUUUAUAUCAAGGUUUGUUUAAUCUGGCAUUUGCUAGGUUAAAUGUUCAAAUACGCUCCGAUUUAUUCACUUCCAUAAUGGAAAGGGACAUCAGUUUCUUCGAUUCUCAUCAGACAGGGGAGCUGACAUCCCUUUUGACAUCGGAUACCACGGUUGUCAGUGACAUCAUCUCACAGAAUGCUGUCGUAUUUUUGCGAUACAUGAUUAAAGCUUUCGAAACAGUUGUGCUCAUGACUAUUAUUUCCUGGAGGCUCUCCAUGAUUUUGAUCAUAGAACUUCCAAUAUUAUUAAUGUUUUCAAGAUAUUUGGGGAGUUAUUACAAGAAACUAGCUCAACACAUUCAGCAAGCUUUGGCAAAAGCAAACAAUACAGCAGAGGAAAACAUCUCAGGCAUAAAAACUGUACGUAGUUUUGGUAAUGAAGAAAUGGAAACAAACUUCUAUACUGAGCAGCUGAAUGAUAUGUAUAACCUGAACAAGAAGCAAGCUUUGUUAGCGUCCUGUUACAGUUGGUAUAGCAAGAUUCUGCAAGUUACUGUACAGUUUGGCACUAUAUUAUAUGGAAGCCACCUUGUUCAGAAUGACAUAAUGACAUCCGGUAAUCUAAUCACUGUGUUCUUAUAUCAGGUUAUGCUAACUGAUAAUUUUCAGAACAUCACCUCUACGUUUGCUGGAUUGAUCCAAGGAAUUGCCAUAGCACAAAACAUAUUUCAGAACAUCAAGAGUAAAUCGACUUGGCAAAAAACUGGAAGCUUUAUUCCAGAAACUCUGAAUGGUGAAUUCACAUUUAGAAAUGUUACUUUUGCAUACCCUAAUAGGCCACUCAACCAAGUUUUAAAAAACAUAUCUUUCACCCUAUGUCCCUGUGAAAUAACAGUUCUGGUGGGUACUUCAGGAAGUGGAAAGACCUCUUGUAUGCAGCUGCUGAAGAAUUUCUACACCCCACAGAUUGGGACAAUUCUACUGGAUAAUCGGCCACUUGAGGAAUAUGAUAAUAAUUACCUUCAUGCCAAGAUUGCUAUGGUUGGUCAGGAGCCAAUGUUAUUUGCACGUUCAAUACAAGAAAAUAUCGCCUAUGGACUCCAAGGGUGUUCCAUGGAUGCAAUAGUGAAGGCUUGCAAAUUCGCUAAUGCACAUGGAUUUAUCACUGAACUAAGUGACAGCUACAACACAGACAGCGGAGAGAAAGGCACACAACUGUCUGGUGGACAGAAGCAAAGAAUAGCCAUUGCUCGAGCACUAGUUCGUAAACCUCAGAUUUUACUGCUAGAUGAAGCCACAAGUGCGCUGGAUGGAGAAAGUGAAGAUAAAAUCUAUCAAGAACUGAAAAAGUUGAAGAAACACUGCACCAUAAUAAUUGCAUCACAUUGUUUAAGUAUUGCCAAAAUUGCACAGAAAAUAAUUGUCAUGGACAAGGGCACAGUGGUGGAGCAAGGGAACCAUAAGGAAUUAAUGAAGAAAGAAGGUGUCUAUUUUAGAAUGGUGAAAAAGAAAAUGUCUGGGGCACAAUCUAAUUGAUACUCAUCCAAAUCCAAUCAGGAUCACUGAAGAAAAUGUGAAAACUGAGAAUAAUAAGUGGAUUAAAAUAAGCCAUUACUGCACUAGUACUGCGAUGGUUAAGGAUUACUUCCUACUGCUGCUAAAGCAUGGCAAAUAUUUGGAGAAGAUUUAGCCUUGGACAAUUUUUGGAGAUUGCAUACAUUAAGCUUUCCUCCAACUCUCAAAUCAUAGUGAUCCAUUUUGUUGUAAAUUACCUUUAAAUGGACUGUGUAAUGGAAAAUUUUAGUUUGAUUCUAUCAAGCUAAUGGAAAAAGUUCAGAAUGUAAACGUCAAUAUAUAUGAAGAAGGGAGUGGGAGGAAGUGGAGUGUUUUUCACUACAUCCUCUACAUGAAGAAGUUUUGCUUUCUCUUAUUCAAAUCUAUGUGUUCUUCUUGACGUUUAACUUAUAUUGCUUUACAAACGUAAAUUCAUUGUCAGAAUUUAUCAAUCUGCCAAGGUCCUUUUUUGGAGAAAUUAUAUCUUUAAUGUGAAAUUAUUUGAGGACAAUAAAUAAAGAAGCUCACCACUUUCACUGUCUAUGUAACACACAGCACAGUAAACAAUACCUUGGAGUUGUGGAGGGGGACGCAGUCAUAGGUUUAGUAGUUUGGAGAUGAGUUUGUUCGGAAUUAUGGUGUUGAAGGCAGAGCUAGAAUCAAUAAAUAGGAGUCUGACUAAGGUGUCUUUGUUAUCCACCUGUUCCAGAAAUUAGUGUAGGAUGGCCGAUGAAGGCAAGCAUGCCAAUAUGCCUUGCUCACCAACCUGUCUACCUGUGUUGCAAUUAACAUUCAUGGUGCCCUCCCUAAACUCACUAGCUUCCAUUUCCUUCCCCACAGUAAAUGCAGAUAUGAAGUAUUCAUUCAAGACCUCACUCAUUUCCUGUGGUUGCAAACAUAGAUCACCAUACA